AUGACUCCUAACCUGGCCCCGUCCAAUCCUAGCGGCACCGUCUUAAAGUCUCCGAAGUUCUAUUCCUAUAACUCUGAACGGCAUCCCCUUCCUGCCCGCCCGCCAGUGGAGGUUUGCAUGGAUAAUGGCGUGCAUUCAGAUGCUCAAACCACUCGAGAUGAGCUAGAGGAUUUGGAGCGAGCAACCUCCGCCGAUCCUCACCCUCAAACUUUCAGCUCUGAGGACACUUUGCUAAGGCAAGUCCUACCAGGCACCGAGAAUAUUGAUCCUGCAAUAAUAAACAAUAAUAUCUUCCCGCGUACCGAGCACAUCCAAGCAAGUCAGGAUCCUGCUGUUACAGACGGACAUCUGUCACAGAGCCCUUGCUUUCCCAGUACAGAUCCGCCCUUACAGUCAAGCCGACACGGUGCAGAGGACAUGAUAAUGCCUGAUCUCCAGUAUCCAAGAGUGGCGAAACGUUUGAACGCUAGGAAGCGAUACAUCGGAAAUGGCACCAGUUCGGCUCCCAAGUCAGGCGCUAAACGCCGCAAGAAUCUUGCUUUUCCCGCCUUUCGUUCUCAGUUCUUGGCCAUGUCAGUUGAAGAUCGACUACAAUUCUUGUCCUGGCUGUUUGAGGGUGCUUUAUCACAUUGCAUUUCUACGUCUUUAGACAUGAAUACCGCAUCUACCUUCAGCAGCAGUCCUGAUCUUGACACGCCAAUAGCAUAUGAUCUUGGCUGCGACUACCAAACCUUAAUUACCCAACCAGUUCACACCCACAACGCCCAUCCCACACGAAAGGGCCGACCCUGGUCUGUAGAGGAAGACCGUCUUUUGGUGAAGCUUAGAGAGGAACAAAACCUGGCUUGGUCGGAGGUGGCAAGACGCUUUGCACAAACGUUUCCGGGGAGGAAUACUAUGCACUUCUCCCUUCCUCUCCUGUUUACUGUUGUGUUUAUGGACUAUGAACGCGCAGUAGAGAACAUUGUUAAGUUGCAUUAA